UCAGGGACAGGCUUAGCUGCGGCGUCCACGCAGUAUGAGAGGGUUUGUAUUCCAUUGACUUGCUGCUGCACCGUUCUUUCUACCGCCUUACUCUCAACAAGAAGAAGAAGAACAAGCAAAGCAUUUUUUUUUUUUACAAACUCAGUGUUAUUCACGUGGACAGACAAUCGCGGCUCAUCAUGGCUUUGGACGGAUGUGGCGUCGUCUGCAAAUAUAUCCUCGUCCUUUUCAACCUCAUCUUUGCGGUUGUGGGGUUUGCCUUCCUGGGUCUGGGCCUAUGGCUGAGAUUCAGUGAGAACACCAGAGGCAUUUUUGAAAUCCAGUCCCUUAACUCAAGUGCAUUUGUGAUGGGUGUGACGGUUCUGAUUGUUCUGGGUUCAGUGAUGCUGAUUGUGGUGGCGUUUGGAGACUACGGCGCCUGCGGUGAGAAAAAGUGUUCUCUGGUUGUGUUCUCCGUCCUUCUGGUCAUUCUGGCUGUAGCUGAAGUGCUUUGUGGACUGCUUGCUUACACCCAGAGAAGAGAGGUCGGAAGUAGCGUCGCAGAGUUCUACGUCAGCCUGUAUGCGCUGUAUGUGAAAGGGAAUGGAGAUCCAGCCAUUGGCAUCACGCUCACAUUCGUCCACAACCUGCUUGGCUGCUGUGGAGUGACUGGAUUUAAGCUGAUCGAGCUGGCUCAACAGACCUGUCCCCAGGCAUAUUUAUCGUCUAGUUGUCCUGUGGUGAUCGCUGAUGUCUUUGACCGCAAUGCAUCACUGGUGAUGUCCAUCUUUCUUGGCACUGGAGCUCUUCUGAUAAUAGCUCUGAUCUGCAGCAUUACGCUCUCUUGCAAGAUUCGCCUUUCUGCUUCAACACCUCAGUACAUUAUCCUGACUCAGUCCACCUCUGUUGUCCCUCGGCCAUCCGAGCAGGAACUUGUCUCCACCGCCUACACCCACCAUGACCAGGACCCAGUCAUUUUCACCCCCCUCACUGUGGCUAACAUCCCCAUCGCUCAGACCUAGUGUGCUUUGGUCACUUUUCACUCUCAGAAAUGUGCCGACUUUUGGGGUUUGUUCACAGUGCUCUGGCUUGGAGAAAAUAAAUAUAUUGCACAUUUUACCCACUUUUCUAUUUUGCAUCUGUGUCCAGAGGAUGCAGUGGCGUUCAGGUGUUAUCACCUCACAUCGCUGAAAUGUAGCGACUUUUUAACCAACUACAAAAACUCCUUAAAGACAAUGUUAAUGUUUGUGAUGGAUAAAAGUUUAGACCACAAACUUUACCUUACAAAACGCAAAUUUUUCCCCUCACCAACAACUGACCACAAGUUAAAUAUCAGUGCUGCCCCACGUUGGAAAAAGUAGAGUUCACUACAAUAAUUAUUUUUGACCAGUGGGAAUGGGGAAAUGUAAAAUUUUUUCCUCCUGGGCCACAUUCAUGUACACACAUUGAUUCUCCUUUAAGGGAUUUUCUAUUUGAUUCACAUUUUCAACAGACAUGGACUACUAUACUACAUUUAAAAAAACUGCUUCAUUUCCCACUCAACCUUACUUACUAAAAUCUGUCUUUCUGUUUUGGUAAAACGAUCAAUUCCAUCUCCAUUUAGCAGCUAAAGAAUAAAUUAGUAGAAUUAAUAGUUUCCUUUACAGGUCUGCAUGUUGCUGAAUUAACACAUUUGGCUUUUUCCUUUUCCACACUAGCUAUGUGGCUCUGUAGGCUGUUUUAUUUUUGGGGUAAUGGCUGUGUGCAGCUGCUCCCUCAUGUCUGCUCAUUCUAUGGCUGCGGAUUUAAUCCUUGGGGAGGUCCCACGGUGGAAUAAUCAGGAUUUUCACUGCACAGCUUUGUCCCAUCCUCUCUCUUUACUUCCCCUCCACCUUCUGUGUCCGCAUGACAGAUUACUGCCCUGGUCUGCGCGGGGAUCCUCCUGAGACAGAUCAAGAGAGUCAAUGAGGAGAUCUCCAAGUACUAUUCAGCCGUGUACUGAGGAAGAGGAUUCUUUUUUCCCUUCAGCUCUUCAAUAAAAAAAAAAAGGGGGGGGACCAUUGCUAAAACUCAACCAGCAAAUCAGUGUUUACACGCUUUAUUUUGUAUAUCAACAACUGUUAUUUUGGAACUAUAAUACUGUUUUUAUUUCCAAAACCAUUGCAUUGAGCCAAACAACCUACUAUAAGAGCCACCAUCAAUAUUAUAUUGUGAUUUUUUCAUGCAGUGCAAAAUGGAUGUUGCUGAUAAUAAACUAUUAUUCAUCCAUCAAGAAACAGCCAGCCAGCCAGCAUAAUGCGUACAUGCCUGACAGGAGUAUGGGAGCAGGGAGUUGCUGCUUAUAAAGAAUAUUCAUGUGCCUGUUACAAGUUUAAGCACCUUAGUUUGCAGCGUUUUGUAACAAUGUGUGCAGCUCUUAGAUUCAGAUUUUGCGCUUUUUCCUCGCGAUUCUGUGCCAAACGUUUCUGCAUUUGGGGGAGUUGAUGCCCACCGAGCGUUUGUUUUCUAUUCAACACAUUAAUGCUAUAGAUGUUUAAUGGUACGAGAGUCUUAUUUUUGCUGUUUUAUUAAAACCACUUUAUUCAAUGCAUUCCACUUUAUUUCCUUUAUCACACAGAUGUGUUCAGAGGGCCAGAAAAAAACCUUUAUUUUUAGGAGUGAUAGAAAUCCUCUGCAUGCUCCGCUUGGGGCUGUUAAACCAUCCCUAAACAUUUCAAAUGACAUGCCUUGGAGAUGUGAAGUGUCAAGUGCUGCCUGUAAACGGUGGCACAAAAUUAAAAGUACUGCCAUCAAAGUAAAUAUUGUUUAGCUUUUCUACCCUCGGGUGCCUUUUCCUUCUACAAGCUUCUGUGGCCAAAUAAAUACUCAUUAAGAGUUUAAAAAAGAAAAAA